UAGGUGCCGAAACUCGGAUUUGGAUGACGAUCGCCUUCCUUUUCCGCCUUCCUCAUCACCCAUCCAGUCUGACCACCAGGGGGGUUGAGAAGAAUUCUGGCGUUCCGCCCACGGAAACCUUUGGUGCCAUGAUGAUGCAUAUCCCGCAAUUCUCGCUCUGCCCAUUUCCACCGCCGUUAUCCAUCCAGCCCAUCGCCCCCUGCCUCCUCGCGAUCUUCUUGCACAUAUAAGCAGGACCAAACCAAGAUGGCCUGCUCCUCUUCCACCUGUGGCGAUACCACACUGCAUGCGCAUUUUGUUGCCUGCUUGGUUCAUGUGUUGUCAGGCCUAGGCUUCAUGGGCGAGCUCCGUGUAGGCGGACGGCGUAGAGAAGGUGAAGACGCCGCCGGGGACGACUCGUUCUCCGAGUCGAUGGCGGCCAGCUUGGAUUCCGGCGCGUCCAGCGGAUCGCUGUGCUCGUCGAUCAUGUCGAGCCUGACAGACGACGACGCGGAGUCCUCCCCGGUGGCGGGUGAUCCUACGCCGUCGCCAUCGCCGUCGGACGCGAUGCGGCUGGACGGGGACGGCGGCGGGCCUCUCUACGAGCUGGCGCCGCUGCUGGCGCACCUUCCCGUCAGGGCUGUCCAAGUACUACAAAGGGAAGUCCCAGUCCUUCACAUCUCUGUCCGACGUCAAAUGCUUGCAAGAUCUCGCAAAGAAGACCACCGCCCACAUCGGCAGGAAGGCGAGCCGCUCGUCGACUUCACCGCUUCACGUUCAAGGGCCUCGCAGCAAGACGAUAGGGAAGAAGAAGAAGGCACCGCCCAGGGGUUCAUCUGGCCGGCUGCCGUCAAGAGCAGCAUGGAGCAGGGGCCUUUCGCACAGAAGCGGUAAACCACCUGCAUACGAGAGCAAGAAAGAGCUGUGCAGCAGAGAUUGCAGCUAGCUAAAGGCAAUGCAAAGUUUUGCAAAAUGGGGUGAGAUAAGAUUUACCAGAGACAGAAAGAAUACCCCUUCCAUGUCUUCGUUUGCCACUAGAGAUCUCUGCAACAACUGAAGCUCCUGGGAGCAAGUUUUGCUUCUGUUUUCAUCUGUGACCAAUGUUAUAAAACUGUAUGCUCUGUCUGAUGAUGCCAAGAACAAUUGGCUAAGAUUGAACUGACAACACAAAUCCAUUAUUUAUUUUUGUAUAAUAAACAGAGGUUGAUGUGAACCAGCACAAUGCAUAUUCAGACAUUUGGAUGGCUAGCAAUGUCUAAAUACACAAUGUUUGGCACUUUCAGUUAGCAGUAAUCAACAGAGCUUAAUGUACUCCAGCACUGUGUGCUGUUUAUAUUUAAAUGAAAUCACAUCUGUAGAACUCAGUACAACUUGUGGUGCAAUUUUCAAAUUUGUAUCACCAAUCCUCUCACAUACAACACAUAAGCCAUGCACUUCUGAGCAAUAUAUAUCCAUAGACAUCAGUGGAAAAUUCGCUGGUACCCAACCC